AUGGUCAGAGACGAGGAUGAUAUAGAUGCUGAAGAAGCUGGCAAAAAUGCCAAUAUGCUUCAAGUAAAGCAGCUGAUAUCAAAUAAUGUGAUAAUCAAGCGGAAGGAACAGCUUCAUCGUUGGCAAUCAAGUGAAAUGAAUGGGGAGCCUGUGUUACGACGGAAGAAACCGCGAGUUCAGUUCCAGGAUAGUGAUAUCUUUCUUAGUGCUUGUAUGUCAGGGGAUGAAGAUGAAGUGGAAGACUUGUUGGAAAAGGGUGCUGACAUAAACACGAGUACCGUUGACGGGCUCACAGCUCUACAUCAGUCUGUUAUCGAUAGUAAACCCGAAAUGGUCCGCUUUUUAUGUGAAAAAGGUGCCGAUGUCAAUGCUCAGGAUAACGAGGGCUGGACUCCACUUCACGCAGCUGCAUGUUGUGGAAAUUUGGCUAUCGUUAAGUAUUUAUGUCAGAAUGGGGCUGAUAUGGCCAUUAUUAAUAGUGAUAAGGAAUUAGCUCUGGAUUUAGCUGAUGACGAAUCAUGUCGUGAAUACCUUGAUUACGAGUAUAAGAGACAAUCCAUAGAUCCCAACCAAUGUCGGAAUGUUGAAUUAACAACGAUGAUGAGAGAUGCUCAAAAAUGGUUAAGAGAUGGAAGAUAUAAUGAUGUACCACAUUCACGAACCGGAGCAUCAGCCUUACACGUUGCUGCUGCAAAAGGUUACAUACAACUUCUAGAGUUACUAUUAGAUGCCGGAGGAAGUCCGAAAAGUCAAGACAAGGAUGGUUGGACUCCCCUUCAUGCCGCUGCUCACUGGGCAGAAAAAGACGCUUGUAAAAUUUUAAUAGAAAAUGGUGCUAGUAUCCACGAUCUAAAUCAUGCGGGUCAAAAUGUGUUAACUGUUGCCGAUAAUCAAGUUGUUGAAUAUUUGGAAGAUUUAGAGAGAACUGUAGACAGAAAACGUAUAGCUACUUCACCUCCCGUUACAAGUGUGCUACAGGAAAAGAAUGUGCGCAUUGGUGAUGACCAAAACGGGAAUGAGUAUAAGCGGGAAUAUAGGGAAGCUAGCAGUGAAAACGAAUCUCUUUAUACUUCUCCUAAAUGCCCGAAACUGUCCGAGAAAACACCGUCUGUGGACUCCCAAUCAUCUCAAGAAUCAAGAAGAUCUGCUUCUGUUGAUGAUGAAACUUCUCUAGAAAAAUCUGAAAGUGAAAUACCUACAAGUGCCCGAACAUCUGAGGAACCCUCUCUCUCCCUUUCGGAGCGUUCUUCUGCUUCUAUUGAGAAGUUAUCGGAGAACAUAAGUCAACGGUCAUCAGUUACAAGCAAUAAUACGUUAGGUAGCUCAACAACAGGAGCAAGUUCAAUGAGCACAGGCUCGACUAGAACAACAUCAAACAGCUCUUCCCUGCAGAGUGGGGAUCAACAUAUCAGUUGCACAGUGCCAUUCCCACGGCCACUGCAACAACCUAACUCUUGGAUUAACAGAGGCGUCCAGUUAGUGACAAGAUCAGCUAGCACAUCUUCUGGUUCGGGUAGUAGAACAACUGAUGGUUCUCAGUCAGGUUCUUCACAAGUUUCAGUCACUUCCCCAAGCGCUUCCACUUCUCCUGCUCCAGCCUAUGCAUCGAAUAGCAACGUUAGUCAGAAUAAAACUCUACCUUGGCUAUCCAAUACUGUGAAUGAAAGCGAAGCUGAAAGACGUACCACAGCUCGUCUCCAAAGACAAAAUCGUCGUUCGACUCAAGGAGUCACAAAGGAACAAUUAGAAGAAGCUAGUAGAAUAGCUGCUGAAGAAUCCGUUCGUCGGCGGAACUCCUCUAACACUAACUCUUCAGUGGGCUCCAGCGAAACAUCUCAUCGUGAUUGUAUGCUAGUAAGGCUUGCAUCUGAAGAAAGAGAUUCCACUUCGAUUUCUGAAAGCUCUGAACCACAAACUUCCUCCACAGUACGAAUACUGCAAGACGGCAGUGUACAAGAUAUGGAGCGUAGUAGUACUGACCGUUCUUCACCUCACACUACAAGUGCUUCCAUAUACCUGUAUAAGAAUAAUUCGAUCCCUAAUAAUAGUAAUACCCCCUCAAGCACUGGUUUGCGAAGGAAGAGUCAGGGAGCUCCAUUAUCACGGUCAAAUCGUCGCGGAACGGGUCCAGUUUUACCCGAAGAUUUGCAUGCCGCUGUUGCUAGUGUGAGCAUCAGCUCACCAGCGGAACCCGCUCCUAUGCCGACAACUCCGGCUCCUGCUCCUCCACCUCCUCUUCGAUAUGCCACGAAUAACGGAGCGACCUUUAGCCGGCCGGUCAUAACGCCGUUUUCAAGACCUGAGGCUCGCCUCAACACUUCCGGAACAUAUUCGUCAACGUCGUCCACAACAGACAGGACGAGUGGACUGGAGUCAAAAUCUUCGUCAUUACCUCCAACGCUUAUAACACCAAGCAGCACAACUACGUCAUCUGGUUUGCGGAGUGCUGUUGUUCCUCCAUCUCCAAGCAGCCGAUACCCGUCCAAGGCUGCUGCGGUUUCUCCUCUUCAUUCAUCUCAAUCCUCAUAUACACCGGCUUCCAAUAGCUAUGGUUCGCGCCCGACGGAAACAAACUUGAACUAUAAGGCCUUAUAUGAGAAAGAGAAACUUGAGUCGGAUAGACUACGGAAGGAGUUGGAAGACAUGAAAAAGCAAGAUAACAGCCUUUCAAUUGGACGAACGGCAACUUCUCGAUUCCGAAAUGGAUCUCCGGCCAGUUCCAUUCCUCUCAGCAAGUCAUCUUCCGGAGCUUCUAUGGAUGAUAGUGAGAGAAGGUCAAUGGAACGAAAAAUAUCUGAUCUCGAAUUGCAAGUCAAGACUGUAAGUCAAUUACGAAUAGAAAACCAACGUUUGAAGGAGGAAAAUGGAGCCCUUGUACGUGUGAUUUCCAAAAUGACGAUCUAG